AUGUUCGACCAACUGGUGCUGGGAGCCAUUUUUGCCGGCCUCAGCAGCAUUGGCAUUUGGCAUUCUGUUCCGUUGACCGGAGUCACUCCUUCUAACUCUUUCUUUUGGCGCAGUCUUAGCUCCCUAGAAAUUGCGUGUUCCAUUCACGAGUUACGCAAAGUCCAUCCUUUGGUCUUCCCCCAUGACGACGCAAUCUCAGAACACGACCUCCUUCUACAACUUUCACUCGAUGCCCAACAGUACGAAAAUGCCAGGCUGGCCCUGGAACACUCAGCUGAAGCUGUAUCACUCCAUGUCAACACCCCCGGAGUUACAGCAACAAUUUUACUCCCGAGUGCCACAGCGAUGCCGACGUCGGUCUAUUUGAACGAUGUCUGGGCAAAUGAGCAUAGCUACGAUGAGCUGCAACAGUUCCACCCAGCCCAGAAUAACACGCUAUAUUUCGCCGUGAUGGCUACUCUCGUCUUGGUUAUCCUCACAGUGCAGAUAAUGGGCUUUGGGAUGACGAAUAACAUCAAGCAGCACGUCGAGGACCUGCAAUACGAUUAUUUUGACCGAAUGAGCGGCGUGCAAGUGCAAUUCGACACUCUGAUGAUAGAGAUUCGACAGUUCCGAAGGGAAAAUGAACAAGUACGGCCUGUUUUCGUUCAUCUGGCGGAGGCCAUCACAAACUCCUCGGCCGACCUCCAACAUUGUUUGUUACAUAUUGUUGGGAUGAUGGAAGACAAAUACACCUCGGGGAUGAUUACCAUUGAAUCCAAGUUGGAUGAGAUUCCGAGACAAUUAGCUUGGCUUAACAUCCUGAUGGCGAAGAACAUGUCCAACGACCUGCCUGAAGGUGUACACAUGGACCAGCCUGAUUUGGAUUUAAGCAAGAGUCCUAGCAUCGAGCAGAUCAAUGGAGCUCACCACGCCGCAGGGCAACCCAACGGGAUUUCCAACUUUGAGGGGAGUCCCGUUCUUCAGAAUGGAAAAAAGAGGACUAGUUCAGUGCAAUGGUCAGGAUUGGGGCUGACUUAG